GUGUUUUACUAGCACCAAAUUAACUUAAUAAAGUGUAACAAUGGCAGAGGAAAGUGAAACAACCUGUUUGCCGGCAACGAAUGCGGAAUCUAGAAAGAUCAAUGUCAUCGACAAGGAAACAGUGCAUAAGAUCUGCUCGGGACAGGUGGUCUUAAAUUUGGCCGUGGCUGUAAAAGAGUUGGUGGAAAACUCUCUCGAUGCCGGCGCAACGUUAAUUGAGGUGAAACUUCGUGACCAUGGCGCCGAGCUGGUGGAGGUAUCUGACAAUGGUAGCGGUGUGGAGGAGAAAAAUUUUCAAGGAUUGACGGCCAAGUACCAUACGUCGAAGCUGAAGGAGUUUUCCGACCUCGAGUCGAUCGAAACGUUCGGCUUCAGGGGGGAAGCACUCAGUUCCCUGUGCGCCCUGUCCGAUAUGGUCAUCACGACACGUCACUGUUCGGCGGGACACGCAACCAAACUGACGCUGAACCACGAAGGGCGAAUACAAACGCAGACACCGUGCGCCCGUCCCAUCGGCACGACGGUCACGCUGACCAAUUUGUUUUCCACGCUACCGGUGCGCAAGAAAGAAUUUCAACGGAACAUCAAAAAAGAAUUCCUUCGCAUGUGCCAGAUUCUGCAGGCGUACUGUCUCGUCUCGACCGGGGUGCGCAUCAUUUGUUCCAACCAAACGAGCAAAGGUGCCAAGUCGGUGAUCAUGAGCACCCACGGAUCGUCCCGGGUACUCGACAAUGUGACGGCCCUGUUCGGGCCGAAGCAAACGGCCGAACUGAUGGAACUGAAGCCAGCGAUCGGGAACAACGGGAAGCUGCAGGAUUUGGAUGCGAGCGACUUUGACGACAGCAUCGCGUUGACGCAGGAGGAGGUGGACAAUUUCAACCUCUCCAAGUACACCAUCGAGGGUUACAUCUCCAGCUGCGCCCACGGUUCCGGUCGGGGCAGCAAAGAUCGACAGUUUUUCUUCAUCAACUCGCGGCCCUGCGAACCGAAACAAAUCAGCAAACUCGUGAACGAUGCAUACCACCGGUACAAUGUCCACCAGCACCCGUUCGUGUAUCUCAACCUGCAAAUGGAGCGCUCGGAGGUGGACGUCAACUUGACCCCCGACAAGCGGCAGGUGCUGGUAAAUAACGAGAAGAUUCUCCUACUGGCCGUACGCAAGUCGAUCAAGAAAACGUUCGGCAACGUUCCGUCGUCGUUUAAGGUGCAGAACUUGAACCUUAGCGAUUCGAGUCGGUUGUUAAACAUUUCCCUACCGCCGGUGAGGGAUGAUGAUGAGGAGCAGGAGGACAUGAGCAUCGAUGAGCAGCGGAAGGCGGGAUCGGUCGACAAAUGUUCGGCCGGUGAUCUUCUGUUCACCUUUGAAGUACCGAAACAUGUUCCCAGCGGAACGGGAGGGUUGAAGCGCAAAAGAAACUCCAACGGAGGGAAUGGUUUGCAGAAGAUAAAAGAUUUUCUAGAGGCCUCGAGGUCAGCCGGAAACUCUGAACCGGUGGGAGAUGGCGAUGGUUCACAGGAUGAGGAUGAAAUGCGUUUGCUUAAGCAACCGAAAAGUGAGACGAAUCCCUACGAUCUAACCAUUUUAAAGGAACCUGCGUUAGAAGAUGACCCGGUACAAGAUGCUAAGGAGUCCGUUCGAGUGAUUCGAUGCACUCAAAGCGCUUCGAACGAGCUGCUUUCAAUGGAAGACCCCGCGUUACCGACUGGGAAGGAAUCGAAUGGAACUUUCUCGCAGGAAUCCGUCACCGAACUUGUGUCCCUGAUGAGUUGUAAACCGGAAUCAUGCGAGUCUUCGCAAGAGGACAUCAAAGAACCUCUCGGUGUCAAAAGAGAAUCGAGUUCGGAAUCGUUUCUUUCCAUCGACCAGUUUGUCGCCGCCCCAGUAAAGCGCGAAGCGAACGACAAAAGUCUCGAUUCGGACCUGGACCAAGGACCAACCAUCGUUAUCGACGAUGCUCCCUCGGAGGACGAUCUGGAGGUUAAAAAUCGCAACCACCAACUGCUGACCAUUUCUCACACCUCCCUCGAACAGCUGAUCGAGCGGGAACGGAAGCUACGGGACGAAAAGAACGCCAACGACCAGCGCGCCCUCACACGGUUACGAUUCAAGAGUAAAAUCAAUCCGGCCAGCAAUCGAGCGGCAGAAAACGAGCUACAGACGGAAAUCACAAAAACCGACUUCGGGGCGAUGAAAGUAAUCGGUCAGUUUAAUCUCGGCUUCAUCGUUGCCCGGCUCGGGGACGAUCUGUUCAUCGUCGAUCAGCAUGCGACCGAUGAGAAGUACAACUUUGAGGACCUCCAGCGGACGACGGUGCUGCAGAACCAGCGACUCGUGGUGCCGCAACCGCUCGAGCUGACCGCUGUCAACGAGAUGGUGCUGAUCGACAGUUUGGACAUUUUCGAGAUGAAUGGGUUCAAGUUCGAAAUUGACGGCGCCGCCCCGACGACGCGCAAGGUGAAGCUGAUUGCGAAACCGUACAGCCGGAACUGGGAGUUCGGGAAGGAGGAUAUCGACGAGCUGAUCUUUAUGCUGCAGGAAGCACCGAACACCGUAUGCCGGCCUUCCCGUGUGCGGGCCAUGUUUGCAUCGCGUGCCUGCCGCAAGUCGGUCAUGAUCGGGACCGCCUUGUCUGUGAGGGAAAUGGAACGGCUCCUGCGGCACAUGGGGGAGAUUGAUCAACCUUGGAACUGUCCACAUGGACGUCCAACGAUGCGUCAUUUGGUGAACCUGGCGAUGAUCAAUCAAAUUGAUAACACGACAGAAGCAUAAGCAUAACCAUUCCAUUCCAAUGAAGUGUAAAUAAAAGUGGAUCAUUUUAUUCUUUACCACUGUCGUGUAAAACGGUUCCUCGGUACUACACACUGAUGGUACGGAAAAUAUUGAAACCACUG